UAGGGGGUGGUGGCAAGUUACAUUGGAGACUUCAAGGCGGAGGUGGCUAAAGAGCGAUCUGUCACGACAAGUUUACAAAUUUACCUGUUUUCAAGGGACAAACACCCUAGGGGAAAGGCUAUUCCAAUAACCAACGUGGCAGAAGUAGAAGUCGGAAAUGGAUGGAAUGUAUGGAUGGGGACAGCCCCCUUUGAAACAAGGGAAUUCUUUCAUAGAGAUCAUUGAGCAGCCCAAGCCGAGAGGCAUGAGGUUCAGGUACAAGUGUGAGGGGCGCUCGGCGGGCAGCAUCCCGGGAGAGAAGAGCAACGAUACCACCAAGACACACCCUGCCAUCAAGGUGCACAACUACAAUGGUCCCCUGCGUGUCCGUGUCUCCUUGGUGACCAAGAACCCGCCUCACAAGCCCCACCCGCACGAGCUGGUGGGGAAAGACUGCAAACAUGGCUACUAUGAGGCAGACUUGCAGGAGAGACGAGUACACAGUUUUCAGAACCUGGGCAUUCAGUGUGUGAAGAAAAAGGAUGUGAACGAAGCAGUUUCCUGUAGACUGCAGACCCAAAACAACCCCUUUAACAUUCCCGAGGCGAAGGUGUGGGAGGAGGAGUUUGACCUGAAUGCAGUGAGGCUUUGUUUCCAGGCCUCGAUUACUCUACCUACCGGUGAACUCCACCCUCUGGAGCCCGUGGUGUCUCAGCCCAUCUACGACAACAGAGCACCCAACACAGCAGAAUUGAAGAUCUGUCGAGUGAACAGAAACUCUGGGAGCUGCAGAGGAGGGGAUGAGAUCUUCCUACUCUGUGACAAAGUGCAAAAAGAGGACAUCGAGGUACGGUUCUUCCAGGACUCGUGGGAGGGGAAGGGCACCUUCUCCCAGGCGGACGUCCACAGGCAGGUAGCCAUCGUGUUCCGUACCCCGCCCUUCUACAACACCAACCUGACCGAGCCAAUCAGAGUGAAGAUGCAGCUCCGCAGGCCCUCGGACCGCGAGGUCAGCGAGCCAAUGGACUUCCAAUUCCUGCCCUCUGACCCAGAUGAAUAUAGACUGAUAGAUAAGCGAAAACGGACAGAGGGAAUGUUCCAGAAUCUGAAGCUGGGGUCCAUAUCAGGGGCCAUGCCAGCAGAGAGGCCUUUCAACACUGCCAGAAGAACAGUCACUGCCAAGCUAGCAGCUAGCCAGCCUGUGAACCCAGUGGCGCCCCCUCGUGCCGCCUCUGUGAAGCCCCAGCCCUACUACAACAGCCCCCAGCCUGGCCAGCUGUUCCAACCCCAGCCCAAAGCAGAGCCCUCCUCCACUCCAGCAGAGACCUGGAAGUUCCUCAACAGCCUGACCUUGGACUCCCAACACAAAGCCACCCCCGUGGCCCGAUUCACCACCAACCCCCAGGCAUCUGCAGCCACCUCACAGGCCUUCCCCACCGUCAACCUCUCGGACCUCCACGGCUUCACCUUCUCCACCUUCGCUAGUCCCCAGGAGCCAGUGAGCGCAGCCGCUACCCCAGAGCCCACCUCUACCUUUGUCCAGGAUUCUCAGUUCAGGGUGGAUGGCCCCAUGGUGGAUGAGGAGCUACCCGAGUUCCCCAGCUUCUCUGAGGUCCACCAGUCAGGGACACUAGAUAGCAUAAACAUCGACGACUUCCAGGCUAUGCUGGUCCAGAGUGGUCUGGCUGGAGAGGGGCCAGGGAACAGUAGGGUGUCGGUCUCUCAGGCACCCUGCCACUUACCUGCCACCAACCCUGUGGUCAACAACAGCUGUGGCGGCAGCACCUGGAUGAACUACCCCAACAGCAUCGUGAACCUGCUCCAGAGUGAGGGCAUGAUCGACAGCUCUCCUGGCAACUCCAACCAGCCGGCCGUCCUCGACGACCUGGACGUCUUCAGCUCCAUGGACGAAGACCGUCUCAUGUCCAUCCUGAACAGUGGCAACCAGGCCGGUUUCGUGUCCGGACAUCAGACUUAGAGACCUCUGUGAUUUUACAGAUAUUUUUACUGCAAUACUACUCUUCUGUCCCCUUGCCUUUUGAGACCCAGCUCCCUUCCAACCAAACUUCCCUUGUACUUGUUAUUCUAAUGGACUACAAAGAAAAUACAUUUGGCUGGCUGAUCAAGAAUCAGAUGAUGGUGCUGUUUGCUCUCUUCUCUAUGUGGAUUGUGGACAUGUUAAUUAGGACAGCUGCAGAACCCUGCCUGUACUCGGAACAGAGUGAAUAUGAGAGAGGGCUACAGGGAACCCCUGGUAACUGCCAGUUUGUGGGCAAUCGCAAGACCCAAGGAUUUGUCACUUUUUGUCAACCCCUAAAGAUACACCUCCACUGGGUUGUGUAUAAACCCAGGCUUGUAUCUAGUCUCCAAAGACAGUGGUAUUCACUCCUGGUCCCUAAGAACUUCAUGGUUUGAAAUGUGUCUUCUUGAAUCAUUGUCAAAGUCUGGACUGGAUAGUCCAGGACCCGGUUUCCCGAUAGCAAUGGAACUUAGGCAUCUUUCCUACAACGCCUGAAGAUGUAACUUACAGAGUACAAAAAACAUUAAGGACACCUGCUCUUUCCAUUACAUAGCCCAGGGAUAUUCAACUCUUACCCUACGAGGUCCAGAGCCUGCUGGAUUUCCUGUUCACCUGAUAAUAAUUGCACACACCUGGUGUCCCAGGUCUAAAUCUCUCCCUGGUUAGAGGGGAACAAUGAAAAAAAAUGCAGUGGCACUGGCUUUGAGGUACAGAGUUGACCAGGUGAAAGCUAUGAUCCCUUAUUGAGGUCACUUGUUAAAUCCACUUUAAUCAGUGUAUGAAAGGAAGGGGACAGGUUAAAGAAGGAUUUUUAAGCCUUGAGACAUGGAUUGUGUAUGUGUGUCAAUCAGAAGGUGAAUGAGCAAGACAAGAUUUCAGUGCCUUUGAACGGGGUAUGGUAGUAGGUGCCAGACGCACCGGUUUGUGUCAAGAACUGCAACGUGGCUAGGUUUUUCACACAAGUUUCCCGUUUGUAUCAAGAAUGGUUCACCACCCAAAUAAAAUCCAGCCAACUUGACACAACUGUGCUGUCAAGUUGGAGACGUGCCAGGAUCCCUGUGGAACGCUUUCGACACCUUGUAGAGUCCAUGCCCCGACAAAUUUUCACUCGAAAACCAUUGUCUGUAUCAAGGCCUUUUGGGAUGACACGUGGUUGUUCUCCAAAUAAGAAUCAAAAUGAUUGCUCUGUCAUCUAUUAUAUUGUGCUUGUUUGUGUGCUAUAUGUUUUGUUGGACUCGAAGAAUAUCAGAAGAUUCCGAUUUUUACCAGAAAUCGGGUCAUAAUAUUAACCUUGGCUUUCACAGCUUGUCAUUGAGAACUUAUAAAUUUGUAUGUGAAAGGGAAAAUAUUUCUCAAAAAGGGAAUCAUUUUUGCAAGCACAAAAUAAGUUCUCAGUUUAGCUACGCAAUCUAACAACCAAUGAAAAUCCUUAAAAUUGUUGGUCAUCUACUUCAUGUGUGAAAUUCAUUCCACGGAGGGCCGAGUGGCUGUGGGUUUUCGCUCCUCCCAUGUACUUGAUUGACGAUUUAAGGUCACUAAUUAUUAAGGAACUCCCCUCACCGGGUUGUCGAGGUCUUAAUUGAAAUAAAAAAAUAAACUGCAGACACUUGGCCCUCCGUGGAAUGACUGACAUCCCUGAUGUAGAUGAUUGAGGCAGAUGUCUAUGCAUUACAACCAUUCAAUUUUAAUUGGAAUAGUUUAUUACUAGCCUAUAGGGUAGGUAGUGUAAUAUCACCGUACUAUAAAGCAAGACAAGAAUACAUUGAAAUGACAACGUGCUUAGGCUUUAGAUCACGUGUCAAGUUCAUUCCACAGAGGGCCGAGUGUCUGCGGGUUUUCGCUCCUUCCUUGACGAAUUAAGGUCACUAAUUAGUAAGGCACUGCACUCACCUGGUUGUCUCGGUCUUAAUUUAAAGGAAAAGCCAGCAGCCCUCAAUGGAAUGAGUGACACCCCUGCCUUAGGUGAUGAUAUGCGCGAUAUAGUACUCACCUUGGUGACAUAUCUAAAAUGUUAUGUACAGUUUUACCAUGUUAACACCUAAGUAUAACUUGUCACUGUAAUUUUCAAUACAUCUUUGGAACAGGAAGGAUAUUGUUUAUAGAUGUCAGAAAUGAAGCAGAUGCACUGAUAUGAUUAGUGAAAAAGAUUUGUUAGUUGAGUCGGUAUCUCAAAUAUCAUUUCCGCCCGUCAAUUAUGCUCAUUCACAGUGUAGUUUGCUUUAAGGUCAGUGUGAUACCAUUACAUUUUGCGGUAUGGUAUAUGAACUUCGGCUGCAGUUCAUUUUACAUCAAAUAAAACAUGUUUAAACCAUAA